AUGGCGCGGCUUCUCCGUGAAUACACUUUGCCUGGCGUGGAAGAUCCGCUUAGGACCACUGCUGCCCUGCUAGACGAUUAUAAGCGUGGAAGUUAUUAUGCCUACGAGUACGGAGACACCUGGUAUAUUGGGCUGAGCAGCCACGCGUCCCUCGUUGUUGACCCAGCGGGAGAGACAGCAACAAUCAUCGACAAGGAUGGGACAAAACUGUCAACUCCGGUUACGGAGCCGCUCGGCCAGAUUGCGACGCGCUUCGUUUCGGAGCAUGGAGGUCAUGGAAAGGUCUUCGGGCAAGUUGGCUUCAACUACGGAGCCCGCACGAAAGGCCGGACGUACGAACCGGGCCAGUGGCCCCUUUUAAGCCUAAUGAUCCCUCGAACCCAAGUUGCCCUGCGGAAGGAUACGAUCACCGUGACUGGAUACUACGAGGAGGAGGCGAAAGAGGUCUGCUCGUUCCUCCAACAUGGCUCGACGCACCACGAGGUCACCACCGAAUCUCGAAUCAGGCAUCCCCCGCUCGACCUGCAAGCCAAUUCCGCAGACUAUAAGACAAGGGUGGCCAAGGCCAUCUCGGAUAUCGACAGAGGGGCAUAUUCUAAAGCCGUCUGUUCUCGAGUUGUCCCUGUUCCGACCCGAGUGAAUAUGGCCGCCACCCUCCUUCACGGCCGUCGGUCCAAUACCCCGGCUCGUACGUUUUCCCUCAGCCACGGCGGCAUCCAGGCAACCGGGUUCUCCCCGGAGGUCCUCCUCUCUGUGCGGAAUGGGCGUGCAUUCACGGAAGUGGUGGCGGGCACCCGAUCGGUGGACCCUGCAAAUCUGGAGAACAGUCGAACUAAGCUGUUAUACGACACUAAGGAGGUCUUGGAGCAUGUCACCGUCGUCAAGGGAUUCAGCAAGCAGCUUGCCCAGAGCUGUGUCCCCGGCAGCGUGUCGAUCCGCGACUUCAUGACCGUCAUCGACCGAGGAAACGUCCACCAUCUGUUCUCGCACGUGUCCGGCCAUCUUCCGACAAGCCGGAGCGUCUGGGACACCCUGGGCGAUAUGUUGGGGUCUGUGGCAUCUCCGCCGCCGCCUGGUCAGGCAUUCGAUGAUAUGAUGCAGGCGCUCGAGCCGAGGCCCCGAGAGCUUUACUUUGGCGCGGUGGUGAUGCUUGACCCGGACGCAGACUUUUUUGAGGCCGCACUGGUUCUUCGCACAGUGUUCCAGGACACAAGCCGUCAAUGGCUACAGGCUGGGGCAGCAGUGACUCGGCAUUCGAAUCCGGAACGCGAGUUUGCGGAAACGUGCGAGAAGCUCAUGAGCAUGGCGCCUUAUGUGAUUGUAGAUACCACUAAGUUCGAUGGAUAA